AUGGAGGCGGGCUAUGGCUACCUUCCCUGUGAUGAGGGCUUGCCGGUGCAGCGCGUACUGCAUAUGCUGUCCACGGCAGGCGCCAGCAUGCUAGUUACCUCAGCAUCGAACAGGGCGCAUUUGGAGGAUGCUGCUCAGCAUGCUGAGAACAAUGCCUUGGAAGGCUGGAAUGGCUUGGCAGUGGAGGUCGAUGAAUUGACACGUGAUGCGCCUGUUUUCCGGUGGCCCAAAGCUCGGCCAGCCAAAGGCGUGCUGCCUAGGCGCUCAGAAGAUAGGACGCAGCAGCUGGCUUAUGUCAUUUUCACCUCAGGCUCCACGGGGCGACCAAAGGGUGUCGCGGUGAGCCACCGAUCCAUUGUCCACCUGAUCGAAUGGGUGAACAAAGUCUAUGACAUCAACCAGUCCGACGUUCUACUUUUUGUGACCUCCAUGGGGUUUGACCUCUCCUGCUACGAUAUCUUUGGCACACUGUCAGCGGGCGGGAAGAUCCGCGUGGUGCGGCCGGGCGCGGUGGGCGCAGCUCUGCGGCUCGGCAGCUUCUGGGACUCAGCGCCGGCAGUGCUGCAGCUGGAGACGCUGUGUGCGGGCUUGGCGCUGCGCACCGUUUUCCUGAGCGGCGACUGGGUGCCGCUUCAGCUGGUCUCUGCACUGAAGCAUGCCCUGCCAUCCGCUCGUGUGGUGGCGCUGGGAGGGGCCACUGAGACCACCGUGUGGUCGAAUUCCUUCCAUGUCAGCAGCAUCGACCCCUGUUGGCGCUCCGUGCCCUAUGGCCGUCCCAUUUGGAACCACCAGUAUUACGUGUUGGACGAGAGCGCCAGCAGCGAGAGCCCGGCGCUCCCUGGCAUGGCGGGGCAGCUGCACAUCGCCGGCACCGGCGUUGCCCUCGGGUACAUCGGCCAGCCGGACCUCACAGCAGAGCGGUUUCACCAGUCCAGCCUGGCCGGGCAGACGGUGUACCGCACCGGGGACUUGGUCCGUUUCAUGACGGAGGAGCCUUGGGGCCAUUUGAGGGACGGACUGCUGGGCUCGGAGCUGCAGUUGGAGUUCCUGGGCCGGGCGGACUUCCAGGUGAAGGUCCGCGGGCACCGCGUGGAGCUCGGGGAGAUCGAGGAGGCCGCGCGCCAGGCGCUGCUGCCCGUCCCGGUGCAGCAGGUGGCGGUCCUGGCCACCGGCUCCGUCGAGCGACGCCUCGUUGCCUUUGUGACGCCCGAGCAGGUGGACGUAGCACAGCUGCGGCAGGUGUUGAAGGAGCGACUCCCUGGUUAUAUGAUCCCAGAGGUCGUGGUUCCGCGGCCUGAACUGCCCCUGACUACCAGCGGCAAGAUCAAUCGUCAGGCCCUGGAGAGGUCCCUGGAUCACACAGUCGACAGGCCGCUGCGCCAGCCACAGAACGAAGCGGAACGCUCCGUUCUCGCGGCCUUUCAAGAGGUACUGGGUAUGGCUCCUUUGAGCACGGACGAUGACUUCUUCGAGAGAGUCAGGUGA